ACUUAAAAGCUCUUAAGCUUUUAUAUGAGUCAAUUUCCCUAUAGUUAUUUUUUCAGUUGCUCAGUUUACGAUUCGCUGUUAUACCAUAAUGUUGCGUUCAUACUUUUGUGAUUAUAAUGUGAUGCCCCUGAAUUACAACACUUGGAUGUCUCCACAGUAUUCGGAGAGAUUUCAACGAGUGGAUGAUGGAGACACAACGCUUGGAAUAACAAGGGAUAAGCGACCAAUGCUUAUAGUGUUGCAUUUCUUUGCCGAAAAUGUCUCUUAUCUACAGCAAUGGCUUGAUAUGGUUUAUAAGCUGUCAGCCAAGGAAUUGUAUGGCGAGAAAAUUGCAUUUUUUGUUGAUGAUCUUUGGUCAACGCAUGUCUUUGGCUGGGACGGAUAUGUUUGUAGGUCCGAAAAUUAUCCCAUGGAAUCACCUCCACUAAUCUACGGAAAAGACGCAGCGGGAAAAGUGCAUUUCUUUGGCAGCGACAAAGGACCGAAGACGCCUUCCCUGGAAAGCCUUGGGGAGUUUUGUAAGCAGUUGCUUGAAGGAUCAUUGAUUGCGCCAAUAGAAUAUAAAGAUAAAAUCCCAGUGCCUGGUAUAGAUUUGGUUAAUUUCAAUGAAAUUGUCUAUGGGCAAGAUGAAAUGGAUAUUCUAAUAUGCUUAUACAGCUCACAGAAACUGGGAACGCCAGAUACGGACAAAUUUCUUAAGGAUUUGGAGAGUUUAGCUGGAAAAUUGCAACAGGAACAAGUACAGAUUUGGAAAAUGAAUGUACAGAAUGAAAGUCCACCCAAGAAAUUUCAAAUAGAAUCCACUCCAGCUGUAUUUAUGUUGCCUCGCACACAAAAACAUAAUCCCAUUCGUUGUUUUGAUCCAAGCCGUGGAAUUUACACAUUAAUUAAAUUCGUUGCUGAGCAUUCCAGUGAAGAACUUCUUUAUUAUGAUCGUCGUGGCUUUCCAAAAGUGCAUGGACAUUUAUUGCAUCACAUUACGUACAGUUUUAAUGAAAUUAACAAAUAAAAGAAAAAUCAAAUGAAAAUAUCUUAACUCUUCUUUUAAGUAAAUUCACUUUCUACUGCUUAAAAAAGCUUUCAUAAAGUUGUUCUGCUUGUCA